CUGUCCUGCGGAUCGAUGAGUCUGGCGGGGACGACGGGGGCGGGGGGACUGCGGGGGGGCCGGGGGGCGGCGGCGGGGGCUUCUCCGAGCCCGACUGUUCGCCGUGCCACUCGGACGAGUCUAGCUGCGAUAGUCACGGCGACAGCAGACGACAUCAGCACUACACCGUCACACAGUCACGCUACAAUUACUGUAACACAAGUUGACGGCGUGACCAAAGAAGUGGGCACAGUGAUGCCAACUGUGCGGACGAACGGAAGUGCACCGCCCACAGUGCAGCCAACUGCGAUGAAGCAGCCAAUCGUGCGCGAGAACAACAAUGUGGUGGUAGCACUGGUCUCUACGCCCAACCACCUUACCAAUGGCCAGUCGCCACCGAUUGGCAAACACACUUCUACUAUCGGUGAGGUGUGUACGUCUCCUGAACUGAGUCCAAUCAAAUCGAACAAAGAAGAAAUCCAGAGGGCAAACAACGAGCAUAAUGUCACUGGUGAAAAUGAAGUCAAGAAGAAGAGAGUGCAAGCGGACAAAGCCUACUUCAUUGCCAAAGAAUUGCUCAUGACUGAACGAACUUACCGCAAAGAUUUGGAAGUUAUCAAUCUCUGGUUCCGCGACGAGAUGAGCAAGGAGGGCGAGGUGGAGGAAGUGGAGGGGGGAGUGGCGGCCCUGUUGAACAUGGUGGAUCCCCUCCACGACGCACACUGCAUCCUACUCAAAGACAUGGAGCUGCGACUCGCCGCAUGGGACUCCAACCCAGGCGUCACCGACAUUUUCGCCAAGAUUGUCCAGUAUUUGCCGUUGUACAAGCAGUAUGUCGAUGAACACCUGGAGGUCCUAGUGCAGCUGGAUUCGCUCUUCAGAACCAAUCCGAAAUUCGAGCAGGUUUACAGAGAGUUCGAAUCCAAAGUCUGCUAUCUGCCUCUCACAGUUUUCGUGCUGAAACCACUGCACAGGUUACUUCACUAUACGCAGCUCAUUGAAAGACUGGUUUUAUACUACGGUAGACACCAUCCUGAGUUCCAGAACUGCGUCAGCAUACAAGAGAAACUGGAUGAAGCAACCGAUCUAAUGAUCAACGUAUUAAGGCAAUCGGAGAACUUUGUGCAGCUGUGUGAGUUGCAGAGAGACAUGACCGGCUUCGAGGGUCUCGCCACCACUCAGCGGCAGUUCAUCAGACAAGGCUGUCUGUCCAAGUUCUCCCAACGCAAGGGCUACCAGCAGAGAAUGUUCUUUUUAAUGUCCGAUGUGCUGCUGUACACGAACAGGUGUGGUCACAUGUUUGUGGUCCAUGGGCAGUUGCCGUUGAGGGCGCUUAUGGUGCAGGAGAGAGCAGAUACACCUAUGACCAACUCUUUUGUUAUUUAUGGAGGAACCAGGGUAUUAACAGUAGCAGCUACCAGUGCAGAGGAGAAACAAAAAUGGCUGGAAGAACUAUCUCAGGCGAUAGCGGACAGCAAACAGAAUGAAGCCAAUGAUUCAAGCAAAAACAACUAUCUUAGUCUCAAGUCUUGCAGUUCGUCGGAUGAGGUGAUGGACAAGUGUGGGCAGAGCAUAGAGGAGGCCAACAGCAAGGUGUCUCCACAGCGCAGCAACACCACGGUGCAUGUCUGCUGGCACCGCAACACCUCCAUCGGCAUCGAGGACCAGCUCAGAGCUGUAGAGAACCAACUUAGCGGCUAUCUUCUGCGAAAGUUCAAGAACAGUAACGGUUGGCAGAAGUUGUGGGUGGUCUUCACCAACUUCUGUCUCUUCUUCUACAAGACUUAUCAGUUGCAGAUUCAAACGGAGCCUCCUCCUUCCUUACCCGGACCAAUCGGAAAGCAGACUCCUAUUCAACAAUUUUUUACAAAAUACGUUAAAAGUGAUGAUUCUCCGUUGGCCAGUCUACCACUGCUGGGCUAUUCCAUAUCCACCCCAAAUGAGAAAGAUGGAAUCCAUAAAGACUACGUGUUCAAGCUGCAAUUCAAGAACCAUGUCUACUUCUUCAGAGCGGAGAGCGAGUAUACUUUCAACAGGUGGAUGGAGGUGAUCAGCAGCGCGACUCAGCACUCGGGUCGAGUUCGCUUCUUCGGCAACAAUCGGCAGUUCGGCAGCGAGCUGGAGGAGGAGGAAGAGGAGGAGGAGGCCGAGAGUGAGGCGUGACAUUCGUCCUCCUCUCCCCCUCGCCACCGCCAUCUUGAGGAGGAGUCCGCCGCCAUCUUGAAUACUCCCACUCUUAGUCGCGGCAAGUCGUUGCGCCGAUUCGGAUCACCGGCUGUAUUGUAACCAACCUUAUUUGAGAUUAUUCAGAUAAAGCGGCUUAGCACUAUAGGAAGCUAUGCUGGUCAUGAAGGCCAGUGAAUUUUGGCAAUCUUGGUUGAAAGAAAAGAAUAUAAUCAAAGUCUAAGAAUAGUUUUUCCAUAGGUUGUGAUGCAAAAGAAGAGCAAAGAUAGCCAUAGUUGGUAUUUUGAGCAGGUUUACUCAAAGAACAUAAUUUGCAUUAUUUAAUGAAAGCAACUAGAUCUUUAGAAAUCCCCACUGAUAAUCGCCUGGGCAGCAUCUUUAUCAUCUUCUUCAACAAGCGAUAGCAAAAUUGGUUUCUUCUUUCUAGUUUUAUCUUUGAAAGAUAAUAGAUGGUCAAUUUUUGUUUCAAAAUUUGUAAUUUUUAUGUCGUGGCCACAGGUGGAGUCGGACUCUUCUUCUUCAUUGUCAAGCCACCUAAUCGUUUUCAUGCCUUCGAUAAUAUUUCUAAAGUAUUGAUAAGUUGAUUCCAUUUUUCUGUGAUCACAUUCAUUCCUGACAGGACAUUGCAGAACUCGGUGAAAGAUUCAAACAGAGUUUUGAUAGAUUGCACAUUAUUUGUUGAACUAUCUUUCUGAUCAAUCGAAAGCUUUCUUCAUGUUAUCCAGUUCCACUUCGGUAAGAAUUCUAUUCAACUUUUGAUCCAUCCUUUCGAAUUCUUUGACCAAAUCUUGAGUGACUCUGGCCUGUUCCAUUUCAACGAAAAGUUUUUGCAGUUUCUCAUCACCAUUGGCGCCAUUUCACUAAACUACUGGGGGGGGGGGCAAAAACCAAGAGGUAUGAGGGGGGGGGGAAAUGAAAUAUUCAAAUUUUAGAACAAAUUUCAAAUGUUAUCUUAGAUAACAUUUUCGAUUUUUUAAAUCUAUCAUCUCUUUAGUAGUGUUCUACUAUUGGAUAAUCCUUUUUGCAUUCUAAGAAGUUAUUCAUUUAUUCAGAAACAAAUCUCCACGGAUAUGGUUUGUAAAAUAAAGCAAUAAAACUUCUCAAGCAAUUCAAUAAUAAUGUAAUUUAGAUAUACAUUUAUUUAUUCAAAUAACAAGUAAUAUUUUGUCCUUGUUAAAUGAUUUUUGAUGGUUUAUUCUUGUUUAAUUGAAGGGAAGUAUGCUCUUCCCUAAAGACUGCGUAAAGUAUUAAUUUUAUUCCAUACAAUAUUUAGAUUUUUCCUAUGUGUUUUGAUUGAAUCAAAAUUAUCAUGAAGUUUUCAUAUUAAUAAACUAACAAGAGAUUACUAAAUUAAUUUAUUAAUAAUACUUUAAUUAUCAUAGGCAUCAUUCAUAUUGAUGUGAAUAUUAAUAUUAUUUAUUGAUUUCCAUGUCAGGAAUUCUAAUAACAGUUUUCUAAUGAUAUUACUUUUGUUUUUUUGGUUAAGAUUUUAUUAUCAAUGUUAGACUUGUUGAUAACUUCACAAUAGUUUAGCUAAUUUUACUUGUAGCUAUCAAUUUUUUUUAGAAACUUCAAUCAAGCUCUGAAUUUUGUUAAUUUGAAGAAUAACUCAUUUUUAUUGGAUAUAUUAUCUUCAUUU